AUCACAUCACAUCACAUCAUAUCACAUAAAGAGCGAAAAUGAAGAAGUUUUUUGACAGCCGCCGGGAAACGGUGAGCUCCGGGCCCGGUUCGGGGGGCGCCGGGGCAGGAGGCGGCUCAGGAUCCGGCGGAGGAUGCGCCUUCAUCGGGCGCGUUUUCACCAUCGGCCGCUACCAGGUUACCGUAGAGGAGACUAUUGCAGAAGGUGGUUUUGCCAUUGUGUUCCUGGUACGCACCCAUCAGGGUGUCCGCUGUGCUCUGAAGAGGAUGUACGUGAACAACGAGCAUGAUCUUCAAGUCUGCAAGAGAGAGAUUCACAUCAUGAAGGAUCUGGUGGGCAACAAAAAUAUUGUGGGCUACCUGGACUCGAGCAUCACAGCUGUGGCUUCAGGAGACGUCUGGGAAGUCCUGAUACUGAUGGACUUCUGUCGAGGAGGUCAGGUGGUGAAUCUGAUGAACCAGAGGUUGCAGACUGGCUUUAGCGAAUCAGAGGUUCUGCAGAUUUUCUGCGACACGUGUGAGGCCGUGGCCCGACUACACCAGCGCAAAUCUGCUAUCGUCCACCGUGACCUCAAAGUGGAGAACAUCUUGCUCCACGACCGGGGUCAUUAUGUUUUGUGCGACUUCGGCAGUGCCACCAACAGGUUCCAGGACCCUCAAGCGGAGGGCGCGGCGGCUGUGGAGGAGGAAAUCAAAAAGUACACCACGCUGUCAUACAGAGCUCCAGAGAUGGUCAAUCUUUACAGCGGUAAAAUCAUCAGCACCAAAGCAGAUAUCUGGGCUCUCGGCUGUUUGCUGUACAAACUGUGUUAUUUCACGCUGCCGUUCGGAGAGAGUCAGGUGGCCAUCUGUGACGGCAGCUUCACCAUCCCGGACAACUCGCGCUACUCUCAUGACAUGCACUGUCUCAUACGUUACAUGCUGGAGCCGGAUCCUGACGUAAGACCAGAUAUUUACCUGGUGUCCCAUUUCGCGUUCAAACUGGCAUGCAGAGACUGCCCAGUACAGAACGUCCAUAAUUCACUAAUCCCUGCAAAGCUUCCUGAGCCAAUAAAAGCGAGUGAAGCGGUUGCUAAGAAAAGUCAGAGUAAAGCCAGACUUACCGAUCCAAUACCGACCCUGGAAACAUCUAUAGCACCACGUCAACGACCCAAAGCUGGUGCUGGCCAGCCAAUCGCAGGCAUGCUGUCCAUACAGCCGGCUCUAACCCCACGGAAGAGAGCAAACGCCCCUGUAGGGCCUGCACAACCUAUGAAUGUGAACAUCCAGCAGCAGAAGCCUCACAUACAGCAGCCUGUUCCUGUUGCUCAGCAGCAAGCCACAUGUGCGGCGCUACAGGUCACGCCCUCUAAUUCUCAAGCCACGCCCCAACAGGGGCAGCUGUUUGUGCAGUCGCAAGCUGCAACUUUCUUCCCUCCUCAGCAACAGCAAUCUGCAGGUGGGCGCCCAGGCCAUAAAGUUGGCUCUCUUACUCCACCCUCGUCUCCCAGGGCAGCCCCUCGAGGAGGGCAUCGGCGCAUUCUGAGUGAUGUCACACACAGUGCCAUAUUUGGAGUUCCUGUCAGCAAGUCCACUCAGUUACUGCAGGCGGCUGCUGCCGAAGCUGGCCUCAACAAGUCCAAAUCAGCCAGCACAACCCCAUCCGGCUCUCCACGUUCCUCACAACAGAGCGUGUACCCCACAGGCGAUGGCCCUACCCAGUCUUCUGCCCCUAAACCGAAUCCUGCUGCACAGCCUUCUUGGAACCCAUUCGGUGAUGAUAACUUCUCCAAACUGACAGCAGAAGAGCUGCUCAACAAGGACUUCGCCAAACUUGAUGCAAAACUACCAGAAAAGUCUUCUACUGAGGAUUUGAUUUCAGGUUUACAACCUAGUGCCCCAAACAAAGGCUUACCCCAGUGCUCAGAGAAGUUAAUAGAAGGCUUGAAGUCUCCAGAGCCUUCCUCCUCCUUCUCCUCUUCCUCCCUGCUUAUCCCUGACCUUCCAGUGAACGACCCUUUCAGUCCGGCAGAUUCCAGCCACGCUGGGAUGGAUCCUUUGAUUCCUGGUCUGGAGUCACUACACGCUGAUCCUGUGUUGCCAGAUCCUCUGGGCAGAGGGGAGACUCUGCUCGGCGGUCCCCUGCUCUCUCACUCCACGCCUGGGGUUCAGGUGUUGUCCUCCCCUAUGUCCUCCACCCCUGCUUCGUCUUUGGAGCAGUUCAUUCCAGCUCCAGUGGGCAAUGCACAGUUUUAUCAGGCUUCAGAUCAAGUCCCCGACAGCCAGUUUGACCCAAUUCCAGUUCUCAUCUCUAAAACCCCAAGUCAAGGUGGUAGCAACAGUGGCAGCUCAGAGACCAAUCUACCCAAUCUGGCCUGCUCCCUGCUGCUGGUGGACCAGCUCAUCGACUUGUAGAAGACACAGAGGCAGGGAGGGAGGGACAGAGAUACG